AUGACAAACAACUCUAUGGUGACAGAAUUCAUCUUGCUGGGCAUCCCUGAGACAGCAGGCCUGGAGAAGGUCCUGCUUUUCCUGUUCGCAUCACUGUAUGCCUGUGCCCUCCUGGGAAAUUUCCUCAUUCUUAUUGCAGUCAUCUCCUCCCAGAGACUCCACACACCCAUGUAUUUUUUCUUGGGAAACCUCUCCAUUUUUGACUUGGGUUUCUGUUCUACAACAGCUCCAAAGUUGUUGUCUUAUCUUUCAGGACAGGGUCGAGGGAUCUCUUUCCAGGGCUGUAUCAUUCAACUCUUCUUCUAUCAUUGUCUGGGAUGCACAGAGUGCUUCCUAUACACAGUGAUGGCCUAUGACCGCUUUGUUGCCAUAUGCUUCCCUUUGAGAUACACAGUCAUCAUGAACCACAGAGUGUGCUGUGUCUUGGCCACAGGGACUUGGGUGAGUGGUUGUGUGCAUGCCAUUAUCCUAACAACCCUCACUUUCCAGUUGCCCUAUUGUGGUCCCAGGGAUGUGGGAUAUUACUUCUGUGACAUGCCUGCAGUGUUACCACUGGCCUGUGAGGACUCUUCUCUAGCACAGAGGGUAGGGUUUACAAAUGUCGGUCUUUUAUCUCUUAUUUGCUUUUUCCUAAUACUUGUGUCUUACACUCGAAUUGGGAUCUCUAUCUCAAAAAUUCGUUCGACAGAAGGAAGGCAGAGAGCGUUUUCCACAUGCAGUGCCCACCUCACUGCCAUUGUCUGUGCUUAUGGACCAGUCAUCAUCAUCUACCUACAGCCCAGUCCUAGCCCGUUGCUUGGUACAAUUAUUCAGAUUUUGAACAAUCUUGUGACACCCACACUUAAUCCAUUGAUCUACAGCCUCAGAAAUAAGGAUGUGAAAGCGUCUCUGAGGCACAUAUUUCUUAAGAAAUCUCAGUUUGGAAAAUAA